GCCAGCCGUCCAAUCAGCAUUGUUGACGCAAAACGAUGGCAGCUCCCCGUUAAUCCCGCGUUGAAGUGUCCAGACCUCUUUACUGAAGAGGUUCUUCUGCUUUCUCUCAAACAUGACGCCUUUCCUCCGACUCAGCUCCGCAUUGCGUGGAGGGAGUAUACGUUAUUGCCAUCGAAGCGUCUGGGCUAGUCAUGGGACAGAGAGGAGAGUAGGGAUUGAUUUAGGAGGAAGGAAAAUUGAAAUAUCAACAGGGAAGCUCGCCAGAUUUGCUGAUGGGUGUUCUGUCGUGCAGCUCGGGGAGACCUCCGUGAUGGUCACGACCGUGAGCAAGACAAAACCGUCCCCGUCAUCCUUCCUGCCACUCGUGGUUGACUACAGGCAAAAAGCAGCGGCUGCCGGCAGAAUCCCCACCAACUACCUGCGGCGUGAGAUGGGCACCACAGACUUUGAGAUCCUCACCAGCAGACUCAUAGACCGCUCUAUCAGACCGCUCUUUCCUGAUGGGUAUUUCUACGAGACGCAGGUUCUGUGCAACAUAUUGGCUGUCGAUGGCGUGCAUGAUCCAGAUGUGCUCGCCAUCAAUGGAGCAUCAGCUGCCCUUGCCUUGUCUGACAUUCCUUGGAAUGGGCCAGUUGGUGCGGUGCGUGUUGGCCUCGUGGACGGAGAGUUUGUCAUAAAUCCGACCCGGAAGGAGAUGAGCUCUAGCACUCUGAACCUAGUGGUUGCUGGAGCUCCUUCCAGCCAAGUGGUGAUGAUGGAGGCCUCCGCUGAGAACGUGCUCCAGCAGGACUUCUGCCAUGCUGUCAAACUGGGCUUGAAGCACACGCAGCAGAUCAUCCAGGCUGUCCAGCAGCUGGCCCGGGAACAGAAGGUGGUUAAACGCACACCGCCCAAACUCUUCAACGCCUCCCAGGAGAUGGUGGACUACGUUCGACAAUUGGCCAGUGAUGAGAUCUAUAGUGUCUUUACAGACCUUUCACAUGACAAGAUUUCUAGAGAUGAAGCUAUAAAGAAGAUACGACUCGUGUCUGAGGAGAAAAUUAAAGAAAGGUUUCCUGAAGCAGAACCAUUUGAAGUGAUGGAGGCCUUCAAUGCGGUGUCCAAACACAUUUUCCGUAAUUUAACUCUCAGUGAAUAUAGAAGGUGUGAUGGCAGGGAUCUGACCUCUUUACGAGACAUUUCAUGUGCGGUGGACGUGUUCAAGCCGCUGCACGGCUCCGCCCUCUUCCAGAGGGGUCAAACACAGGUGCUCUGCUCUGUAACGUUUGACUCCCUGGAGUCCAGUGUAAAACCAGAUCUUAUAACUACAGCUCUAUGUGGGGUAAAAGACAAGAAUUUCAUGCUUCACUAUGAGUUCCCACCCUAUGCAACCAAUGAGGUUGGGAAGAUGGGUGGUUUGAAUAGAAGAGAGCUUGGGCAUGGGGCCCUGGCAGAAAAAGCCUUAAGACCUGUGGUUCCCAAAGAUUUUCCCUUCACAAUACGGGUGACCUCAGAGGUGCUAGAGUCCAACGGGUCGUCGUCCAUGGCGUCGGCCUGUGGGGGGAGCCUGGCCCUCAUGGAUGCAGGUGUGCCAAUUUCUUCACCAGUGGCUGGUGUUGCGAUUGGUUUAAUAACCAAACCCAAUCCUGAAAAAGCAUCUGAUAUCCAGGACUACAGACUGUUAACUGACAUUUUGGGAAUUGAAGAUUACAAUGGAGACAUGGACUUUAAGAUGGCGGGAACAAACAAGGGCAUCACUGCGUUACAGGCUGAUGUGAAGAUCCCAGGGCUCCCCUUAAAAAUUGUAAUGGAAGCUAUACAGCAGGCAACAGUGGCCAAGAAAGAAAUUCUGGGCAUCAUGAAUAAGACCAUCUCCAAGCCCAGGGUCUCCAGGAAAGAGCAUGGUCCACUUGUUGAGAAUGUUCGAGUGCCCAUCUCCAGGAGAGCCCGGUUUGUUGGUCCCGGGGGUUAUAAUCUCCGCCGGUUACAAGCCCAGACAGGUGUGACAAUAAGCCAAGUAGACGAGGAGACCUUCUCAGUUUUUGCCCCGACCCCCAGUGCCAUGAACGAAGCCCAGGAGUUCAUCGCUGAAGUCUGCAAGGAUGACCAGGAGCAACAGCUUGAGUUUGGCGCUGUAUACACAGCGACCAUCAUAGAAAUACGAGACAUAGGCGUUAUGGUCAAGCUCUACCCCAACAUGAGCGCCGUGUUGCUACACAACUCCCAGCUCGAUCACAAACGGAUCAAACACCCCACUGCUCUUGGACUAGAAGUUGGACAACAGCUCCAGGUGAAAUAUUUUGGACGUGAUCCAACGGAUGGCAGGAUGAGACUGUCGCGUAAGGUGCUGCUGUCUCCUGCAGCCACAUUAGUGAAGACCCUGAGCGAGAAGAACAGUAUCACUAUGGGAACAGUGGACGACCAGUCAUCUACUUUAUCUUAACUUAUGAACUGUUCAGCACUUGUUGAGAACUCUCUCACUUUUUUUUUUUUUUAUUUUUUUAAAGGCACUCUCAAUUUUGUGUGCACGUGCGCAAAAACAUGUAUCUACCCACCCAUGUUGGGGAACAAUGCUUGUUGUAUGGCAUUGAUUCAUUGUGUUUGUGUUUUAUGUUUUGUUAAAAAAAAAACAACAACAACAAACUUUUUGCAGGAAAAAAAAUUAGUCUUGUAUUACAUAAUUCAUUUGAAUGUACUAUAAUGCAGGUACUGUAGUUAGGAUAGUUUUUCUACUCCUACCAAGGCUGUCUGUCCUCUCUGGGUUAAGGCCCAGAGCAAUACUCAUCCAUACUACUAUCAGUUUAUAAUUCCCUUUGAUAAUACCUGAGCCAUAAAAACAUCCCCUGGGAAGCGUCGGUGGUACUGGCAAUAAAAAAAGAUAACAGCGGCCACUUCUGCAUGGCCUCCUGGCAACUUGAACACUUAAAAAAGCCCAGCUUGUACCCAGAGAGCCCAAGGAUCUUGUCACAAGGUGGAUCUUGGAGCAAAAAUACCACUUCACCAUCUGACACCAUGCUGGAUGCUUACAGGGUAUUGCUGAUGCCUUAUCUUGUCACCUAUGAACUACCAAAGAAUGAUGGCUUUCUUCUUGCGGUGUGCAUUGUACUAAGGUGACAGAAGUACCACUACUGCUGUCCUCGCUCCCAGUAACACCAGAAUUAACAGUGGGAGCUGUGGGGAAUUCCACAAUGCCCAAGAGUAGGAAACGGAACUCUCCUGAGCACACAAAUGGCUCCAAGCAGGACAGAUGUGAUACAUUUACAGCAUUUAGCUGAUGAUUUGAUCCAAAAUGACUUACAGCUAUGACUGAACUCAAUUCAAGCAUCUGAGGGUUGCUGAGAGGGUUGCUCAAGGGCCCAACGGUGGGAAACUUGGUGAUGGUUGGAUUUGCAGCAGCAACCUUCUGUUUACUAGUCAAGUACUUUAAUCACUGAGCUAUGAUUCCGCAUAGGCCUGCUGCUAAGCUGCUUUGUGCAGAUUGGGACAGCCUCAGGAUGCACAAUGGACUGCUGUACCAUGUGUGGGGAAAAGACGGCACCUGGGCAAUGUAUGGAAACUGCUCCUGGGGCACUGUGGAAUAGGCAACGACACCAAUGGAUCUACAGGCCAGGCAACGGGUGACAUUCAGGUGUCGACUGGGUUCACUAUCCCUUCUGAUGUUUGGCCAAGAGCUCAAGGAACUUGUCCUUGGCUGUCUGCUAGAAUUGUAGAAGGACAGUGUGCCCAGAGCAGGGUACACCAAAGAGCUCUGCCAGUGUACUAUGCCACUCCAUCAUCAGAGUCACAGUGUAUGUGGUGUGGUUACUUGCUUCCAAUUCCCCCAUUAAGUUUAAUUCCUUUUCGCCUUGUUCUGUGUGUCUUUUUCACACGGUUGGAUAGAUGUGAGUAUUGUAGAGGUUGACAGCUGACCUGCAUGCAGAAGACUGGGCUUCAAUCCCUGAGGAGCCUGAGGCAGGAGUUACUACGAAUGCCAAUAAGAGUGCUUUGGGCAAGACUCUUAAAGCUAUAGUUUGCUUGUCUCUGAAACAUGAGCUGCAUGUAGACUAAUGAGGUCUGUGUUGAAUGUUGUGAAACCGAGACAAUUUGCUAUUGUUAUUCAAUUGAAAGGCAAUGAGGGGAACUAUGGAGUAAAACGGUGCCAAAUGCCCAGCCAGUUGCAGACCUCAGCCAUGACUGCCAAAACAAAGAAAGGUUGCUCUGUGAAUAAAAUAACUGCUGUCUGCUA